AUGAGAGGAAUAGUCAUUGUUGAUGAUGGUCCCUGGACAGAGAACGUGACGAGGAAGUCCUUGGACGAGUCUGUCUGCUGGGUCCUGGGGUGGUGGAGUCUGUCUGUCUGGUCCUGGGGUGGUGGAGUCUGUCUGCUGGGUCCUGGGGUGAUGGAGUCUGUCUGUCUGGUCCUGGGGUGGUGGAGUCUGUCUGCUGGGUCCUGGGGUGGUGGAGUCUGUCUGCUGGGUCCUGGGGUGAUGGAGUCUGUCUGCUGGGUCCUGGGGUGGUGGAGUCUGUCUGUCUGGUCCUGGGGUGGUGGAGUCUGUCUGCUGGGUCCUGGGGUGAUGGAGUCUGUCUGUCUGGUCCUGGGGUGGUGGAGUCUGUCUGCUGGGUCCUGGGGUGAUGGAGUCUGUCUGCUGGGUCCUGGGGUGAUGGAGUCUGUCUGCUGGGUCCUGGGGUGUGGAGUCUGUCUGUCUGGUCCUGGGGUGAUGGAGUCUGUCUGCUGGGUCCUGGGGUGA